AUGAGGACGACGAAGAUCCAUCGGUCCCCCAGUCCGCCCAGCCUCAAAGUGAAACCAGAGCCAGACUAUGCCCCUGUAAGCUCGCUUGUGAUUGGCUCUGAGGCCAGACAGUCAGCAGCGGUGAACAAUCCGUCAUUGGCUGGGAAGAGAAAGAAGGAGGAGUCAGAGGGAUCAGGCUGGGCCCUCUCUGACAGUGAUGAUGAAGACGUCGAUUUGAGGAGGAAGAGUGUCGGUAACCCGCCGAAGAGAGCGCCCCCUAGCCCCAAAACCAAAAAAACAAAGGUGGAGAACGAGCGCCCGCCAAGUCCUCACGGCCGGGUUUACUACAUCGACGAACCAGACGACUUCUUUGAAACCAGUCUUCCCAGUGCGAGCGACCCCUACAGGUUUUACCUGAACAAAGUGACUGGCCUGGACAGACGGUUCAACACGGGAGCGCUUCACAUUAGAGACAUCCUCUCUCCUCUGUUCGGGACCCUGAAAGAGUCGGUUCAGGUCAGUAUGGACGCAAACUUGAAACGGUUUCAUAUCCUGUUUUUUAUUUACACAUGCAGCACGGCUGAUCA